GGCGCAGGUACAUAUCUAAAGGAACGGCCUGUUCGCAGACAUAGAUGUCGACAUAAGGUGUGCGGCGGUCGGCGAUGCGAUGAUUACUCAGCCCGGCCAUCCUCCGUCGGGACAUGAGAUUCUGGGCGAAGCAGCCGGUGUACGCGCGGAGAUACCAUUCUGGCCGGGACACAUAAAUAUGAAGUGUCGCUGCUACUCAUCGAUCAUCAUCGAGGAAUUCACGCCAUGUCUACAUCAGCCAUACCCAAACUCUUCCAGCCUACGGUAGUCGGCAAACACGCUUUGUCGCAUCGUAUUGUACUCGCGCCGCUGACGCGCUUUCGCGCGAACAAGGAACACGUACCGAGCGAGCAUGCCCUAGAGUAUUACGCUCAACGUGGGACUGUGCCGGGGACACUCCUCAUCACAGAAGGCACGUUCAUCUCUGCCUCUGCGGGUGGAUUCAACAAUGUACCUGGCAUCUGGAACGACGAGCAAGUCGAUGCAUGGAAACUGAUUACAAGCGCCGUACACGAGAAGGGUUCCCGGAUUUUCUGCCAGCUUUGGGCGUUAGGUCGUGGCGCAAACCCUGAAGUCCUGGAUGCAGAAGGCUUGCCUUACGUCAGUGCAUCCGAUAUCAAAUUGACCAGCAGCAAUAGAACACCGCGGGCGUUGACCAUCGAGGAAAUCAAGGAAUACAUCGGGGCGUAUACAAGUGCUGCAGUCAACGCCAUUCGCGCUGGCUUCGACGGUGUCGAGCUUCAUGGUGCCAAUGGCUAUCUCAUCGACCAGUUUCUGCAAGACACCAGUAACAAGCGGACAGAUGAGUACGGGGGCUCCAUCGAGAACCGUUCACGCUUUCCGCUGGAAGUUAUUGAGAGCGUCGCGAAGGCCAUUGGGGCGGACAAGACCGCCAUCCGCCUGAGCCCUUGGGGCUUCAUUCAAGGUGAGCUCCAGUCAUGCAUCACUUCGAACUAGACUUGCCAACGAAUUUUCCGCCGCCAGAUAUGCGUAUGGACGAUCCGAUACCCACCUUUGCGUAUUUUGUGUCUGAGCUUGCUCAG